AUGAUCGAUGAGAUAGAGAGCAAGACGAAAGUUGUCCCAGUAUUAGGAUUAGUAUGGGAUUUAGAAAAAGAUAGUUUGAGUUGCAAGAUCGAAGAAACAUUUAACUUGAGGGAACCUAUUACCAAAAGAAAAGUUUUGUCAAUUACCCAGAAAAUUUUUGAUCCCAUUGGCUUUACUGCACCGAUAACUGUAAUUCCUAAGCUAAUUUUGCAAGAAACAUGGAACCAGAAGAUUAAGUGGGAUGAAGAUCUUCCUCUUCCCCUAAGUGAGCAGUUUGGGACUUGGUUGAACCAAUUGCCUCUGCUAUCUCAGAUUGAAAUUCCUCGUUGGUUAAAUAUUGAUUACGAAAACGAAGAUACCGUAGUGCUCCACGUUUUUUCGGAUGCUAGUAAAAGAGCCUAUGCCACAUGUGCAUUUUUAAGAGCUGAAACCAUCGAAGGUGUAAAGGUUCAGUUAGUAAGUGCGAGAAGUCGAAUAGCCCCUAUUAAGGAACUUACGAUUCCACGGCUUGAACUUCUUUCCUGUCUGAUAGGUGCCAGGCUUGCCAAAACAAUUCUAUCAGAUUUGAAACUUAAGAAUUGUAGAACAGUGUUCUGGAGUGAUUCUUCUACAGCUUUGGGGUGGAUAAGAAGGGAUCAAGCAUGGGGUACGUUUGUUCACAAUCGAGUACAAGAAAUAAGAUCGCUUACCAGAAUAUCUGACUGGAGGCAUGUACCUGGAAGUUUAAACCCAGCGGAUCUCCCAUCGAGAGGAUGUACUAUUGAGCAAUUACAGAAAUCGGCAUGGUGGGAGGGCCCAUCGUGGCUUUACUUACCAGAAGACGAGUGGCCCCAUGUAGAAGAAAAGCCUGAUGAAGAACUUAUAAACAAGGAAAAAAGGAAAACGAUUCUGACUCUUCUAGAUCAUGGAGACAAUUUGGACCGGUACUACAAAUACUUCUCUUCAUAUAGAAAAACCGUGAGAAUGAUCGCUUGGAUUUUCAGGUUUUAUCACAAUUUAAAGAACAAAGAUAAAAACCUCACUCCUGAUGUCUCAGUUGAUGAAUUGGAGAAUGCUGAAAAGGCACUUUGUAGAUUGGUACAGAAAGAAUCAUUUACAGGUAUAAAACAUCCCACUAAUCGUGCGUUGAGACCAAUCGUAGACCAAAAUGGAAUUAUCAGAGUCAAAACGAACGUCCUACAGAGUCAAGAUGAUGAAAAUUUCCGAUAUCCAAUCAUUUUACCUUCAAAAAACCAUAUUCUUGUUGAGAGACUAAUUUACGAGAAACAUCUAGAACUCCAGCAUGCUGGUGUCAGCACUUUAAUGACAAAUCUUAGAGAAAACUUUUGGAUAUUAAAAUCCAGAAAAAGUAUUCGAAAUAUUAUCAGAAAAUGUGUAAGAUGUAAAAGAUUUGUUUCACAAAGAGUGGAAGUCGAGCCAGGAUUUCCACCCGAAGAUCGAGUCAGAGAAGGGGCGACUUUUGAAGUCGUCGGUGUAGAUCUAGCGGGUCCUCUCUAUCUCCGUGAGGGGUCUAAAGCGUGGAUAGUCUUGUAUACAUGUGCCAUUUAUAGAGCCAUUCACCUCGAACUAGUUACUUCUCUAUCUACAGAAACUUUCAUCCAAUCUUUACGUAGAUUCAUUGCCAGAAGAGGUAGACCUUAUGUGAUAUAUUCCGACAACGGAACUAAUUUUGUAGGGACUAACAGUGUUCUUAAGAAAGUUAAUUGGAACGCCAUAUGUUCAGCUGCUUCUAUCCAAAGGAUACGAUGGAAGUUCAACCCUCCGACCGCCGCCUGGUGGGGAGGUUGGUGGGAGAGGCUUGUGCGAAUGGUGAAAGAAAAUUUAAGAAGAGUGUUAGGUCGAACGUCCUUAAAUUAUGAAGAAUUAUAUACUAUAUUAUGUGACUGUGAACAAGUGAUUAAUUCGCGACCUAUCACAUACGUAUCAGAGGAUAAUCAAGAUCCAUCACCACUGACCCCUAUGAUGUUCCUGCAAGAAUUGCCGUCAUCAGGAGUUCCUGAUAUGGACUACGUAGAUUCCAAAGAACUAAACCGUCGAGCCAAAUACCGACAGAGAAUAAGACAUGAUCUACGAAACAGAUUUCGUAAUGAAUAUCUUGGUCAGUUGAGACAACAGGCAAUAAAGAAGGGAAAAUUUCAACAGUUGCAAGUAGGCGAUGUCGUUCUAUUGGAAGACAGCCAGAGACGACGCAUACAUUGGCCUUUAGCCAAGAUAGUCGAGCUUUUCCCCAGUAAAGACGGAAUAGUUAGACUAGCGAGGGUCAAGACAAGAAAUGGAAUUCUGCUUCGUCCAGUGCCCCGGCUUUUCCCGUUGGAGAUCUCUACUUCCGAAUCCGUUGGCCCUCCGUUCCCCGACAGAGCACCUCGAGAUAGAAACGACCAUGCAACUGGUCAGGCUGAUCAGGCUGCUAGUAUUCCAGAACCUGCCUCAAGUCCUCGAGUGAUGACCAGAGCUGGACGAGUUGUUCGGCUCCUCCUCAUCGACUGGACCUGUGUGUAUUGA